AUAUAAAAUGUAUUCAAUUAAGAAACAAUUCAAAUCUUUAAAACUAUUAUGACCAAGUAUUUAUCAAAACGAGAUCAAAGUAUUGUAUGUGAAUCGAUCAAUCUUGUAAAAACAUUCUGUAGGUAGGAAAUUUAUCAUUGAAAAAUUGGAUAUACAUACAGAGAAGAUUUACAGAUUUCCCUCUCAAUGUUUGUUUUCAACUUACGUAGAUACUUCGUUCAUCCUGUUUGUUUACAUUAGAUAGUAAAUGAAGUAGACUAUAAUCGUUGUGAUGGAUUAAAAACCCGUUAAAUCUACUCUGAAAAUAUUCUUUGUGAGUUGAAUAUUGAUGACAUUAGUUAUUUAAUUUAAUCAAUUCUUUAAUCAUAUGUAAACACAUUUACGAUAAACCUGAAAAGAAAAUGAAGUCUGAUGGAGAUAUAUAUAAGUUUUAAAAACUCGGAUGGAAAAAUAAUCAUUUUGUGAUAUCAGAGAACCUUUUUUUCUAUAAAAACAUAAAUAAUGCCGUCUGGGGUUAUGAGCUCUCCAGAAUCUCCAGUGCGUCUUAAUUCGCCAAUGGCAUAUGUGCAUCCCAGACUAACAGAAAGAGGAUCUUAUGUACAAAGAUGGAAAGCUUUACGAGACAGAAACCGGAAUCUUCCUAAACUUGAUUUCAAUACACAAAUUGCUGCUAGUCUACAAAGACAGAACACUAAAGCUCAUCUUGGUAUAACAAGGUCAUUAACACUGGACAGUAUGAAGCUUCCUUCCAUUUCUAAUGGCAGCAUAGCAAAUGGUUCAAUAUAUACUACAAAGAGUAAUAAAGAAAGAGGAUCAAAGAAAGUCGGAGUACAGGUGCUGAUUCAUUAUACGAGAUGGCGGUAUAGUCCAGUUGGAAAAUCGGAAACAGAAAGUAUUUUAUCCGACACUAAAUUAACGAAUGGUACAUUGUCCAAGUCAUUACUGAAUGGUACAUUGUCCAAGUCAUUACCAAAUGUGGCUGAUGUUGAUAAUGAAGUUAACAAACCAAGCAAUAAUUCUUCAAAGCACAGAUAUGAAAGAAUAACGCAAAAGAAAACACUCAUAAAUCGGAAACCAGACAAAGCAGAAACUGAGGUCAAAGAAGAUCAGCCAUUAGAACAAUCUGGUAUUUAUCAAUUUGACAUUACUGGGGAAUUCCCUACUUCUGGAGAUGUUACUCAACGAUUUUCAAAAAAUACGAUUGGAACAAUUUUAGAAAAUGAAACACUUUCGGGUCACAAUUCUCGACAGACACGGUGCAGAUUAGAAAAUGACCGUAUUGGACGUCGCAGUCGAAGGAAAAAGUGGCGAGAUAAUUGUAAAUGCAUGAGAUGUGAGAUUAUGCAUCGGCAAUAUGAAGAAAAAGAUGACCAUUAUACAAAAUGGGGGAUCUACCCCUGCCAACAACAUUUAGCCAGACAAAAAUAUUUUAAACAAUAUUUUUACGAUAGCGACUAAUGAAAUUUCAAGAUUGAUUUAGUGUAAUGAUAGGCAGUGCGAAUUUUUCUUAACCACCACUGUACCUUAUCCGGGUACUUCUGGAUAUUGACAGCAUUCAUUCAUAUGUAAUUUGUAUCCAUUUACAUUUUUUUCAAACACUCGGAAUAGAUGAUAAAAUCGGUCGUAAUUCCGCUGGAUUUGUGUUCCAAUUUCUGAUAAUUGUAUUUAUAAUUUCUGACGUUUAGGCAUUGCCAUUGCGGAUUUAUAACUACUCGGAUUUAUACAAUUCCAACUUUUAUAUCGUUAUACAGAUUUACGUAUUUUUAAUACCUGAUUCUUAAGUGACCAGUAUGAUAUAAUUGGUUGUGUUCGAUGUUCCUAAGUAUAUACAUGUUCAACGAUUGGAAAUUUAAGAGACCUUUAUCUCAUUUAGUCCUUUUUAAGAACCAAAGAUACAUAUUGUUAUUAAUGUCCUUUCUCUUUAUUUGUUUUUAUAUAUAAAUAUAUAUAUAUAAAGAAGUACAAUAAGAGCAUUAUGUUAUUCGUGAUUCGCUUAUUUAUCAAAUGAUAAAAGAUACCUAUAACGAUAAUAUUAUGUCACAUAAAACUGGUUUUUACUAUUGAUUUUAUUUGGUCAGAGUUGAUAAUUUAUAAAAGAAAUUUUAGAGUUGUAUUUUUACACGUAGGACAUAUUGAUUAUAAAACAUUAUCAAUUGCUGUACAGCUCAGCACACUCUAAUCGUUUAUAUUAAACUAUUAAGCUUAAUGACUUGUGUUAAUAACCAUAGAAAGAAUAAAACCAGGUUAAAUCCACUAUUUUCUACUUAAGAAAAUGCCUGUACCAAGUCAGGAUUAUGACAGUAUUUAUCCAUUCGUUUGAUGAGUUUGAGCUUUUGUGCCAUUACUUAGGGACUUUCCUUUUCGAAUUUUCCUUGGAGUUCAGUAUUGUUUUGAUUAUACUUUUUAUCAUUCUCUCAAGUACAAUUAAUCGUUUCAAUAGUUUGAAGGCA